AUGGCAGUGGUAGAAGAAAAAGGCCCAGCAAACGGGAACGAAGAUUACACUCAAGAUGGCACAGUGGACCUAAAAGGUAGACCCGUUUUGAGAUCAAAGACGGGAAGAUGGAAAGCAUGUUCCUUCAUAGUUGGGUAUGAAGUGUUUGAAAGGAUGGCUUACUACGGGAUAGCAUCAAACCUAGUGUUGUAUCUAAGUAAAAAGCUCCAUGAGGGCACUGUGAAAUCUUCAAACAACGUUAGCAACUGGGUGGGUUCAGUAUGGAUGAUGCCGCUUGCAGGAGCUUACAUUGCCGAUGCCUAUCUUGGCCGAUAUAGGACCUUUGUCAUUGCAUCAUGCAUUUAUCUUUUGGGAAUGUGUUUAUUGACUCUAGCCGUUUCCCUGCCAGCACUGAGGCCUCCACCAUGUGCUCAAGACCAGAAUUGUCCACGGGCAUCGGCAUUUCAAAGGGGUGUUUUCUUCUUGGCCCUUUAUAUCAUUGCAGUCGGCACAGGAGGAACAAAACCCAACAUUUCCACCAUGGGAGCAGACCAAUUUGAUGAGUUUGAGCCUAAAGAGAGAUCCUAUAAACUUUCCUUCUUCAAUUGGUGGUUUUUUAGUAUUUUAUUUGGUACCCUUUUUUCCAACACUUUCUUGAUUUACAUACAAGACAAUGUAGGUUGGACAAUUGGAUAUGGCCUUCCCACCCUUGGGCUUGCUAUUUCAGUAUUGGUUUUUCUAGUAGGAACUCCAUUUUAUCGGCACAAAUUGCCCUCAGGCAGCCCAAUCACCAGGAUGCUUCAGGUCUAUGUGGCUGCUGGGAGGAAGUGGAAGCUACUUGUCCCAGACGAUACAAAAGAACUACAUGAGCUAAGCGUUGAAGAAUAUGCAAGUAAUGGAAGAAACAGAAUUGACCACAGCUCUUCAUUGAGUUUCCUUGACAAAGCAGCUAUUAAGACUGGCCAAACAUCAUCUUGGAUGCUGUGUACUGUGACCCAAGUUGAGGAAAGCAAGCAAAUGACAAAAAUGAUACCUAUUUUGCUUACAACGGUUGUUCCAAGUACCUUGAUAGUUCAAACGGGCACACUCUUUGUCAAACAAGGCACAACGCUAGACAGGAAAAUGGGAUCCCAUUUUGAAAUCCCCCCUGCAUGUCUUACAGCAUUUACUUCUAUUUUUAUGCUGAUAAGCAUUGUUAUCUAUGACCGUGUUUUUGUUCCUGUGAUCCGGUGCUACACAAGGAACCCCAGAGGGAUCACGUUGCUGCAGAGACUUGGCAUUGGACUUCUGCUACAUAUCAUUAUAAUGGUCACGGCAUGCUUAGCUGAAAGGAGGAGACUAAGGGUUGCAAAGGAAAACCACCUCUUAGGCCUCCAUGAUACAAUUCCUCUCACUGUUUUCAUCCUCCUUCCUCAGUUUGCUUUGGCAGGGGUUGCUGAUAACUUCGUUGAAGUUGCCAAGAUAGAGUUAUUCUAUGACCAAGCACCAGAUGGCAUGAAAAGUCUCGGAACAGCAUAUUUCACAACCAGCUUGGGUGUUGGAAGUUUUCUUAGUAGUUUUCUUCUUUCAGUUGUUGCUGAUAUCACCAAGAGACAUGGUCACCAGGGUUGGGUUUUGGAUAAUCUAAACGUCUCCCAUUUAGAUUAUUAUUAUGGUUUCAUGGCCAUAUUAAGCUUUCUCAACUUCCUUUGCUUUUUGGUUGUUGCCAAACUCUUUGUCUAUAAUGUUGAUGUAACGCAAAACAAAUCGAGCUUGGAGAUGAACCCAGCCUCGUCUCAAGACAAUACUGGGAUAACCCUAAGUGCCCUCCAACUAGAUGGCAAACCCUAG